UUUGGGAGGCUAAGAGCUACAAGCAUUAGCUGAAGAACACAUCAAAGUCAAAGCUGUUAAACUGAGAAAAUAACAGAGCAGAAAGCAAACUAUUUUGCAGCACAGGAAGUUGCCAAGUCAUGGGACUUCCUACAGACUAUCAGAAGCAUAAUUGCAGAGGAAGCAGAUGUUAAGUGACAAGCAAGUUGUAAGGUCUCUCAUUUCAAAGGGAUCAUGAGGCAGAAAUUAGGCUGGAGCGCUGGAAAGUGUGAGAUGCCAGACAAAGAGGCAUGAAAUUAGAAUGUGAAUAGAAGAUUGAGUUGUAAAGGUCUGAGUCCCAAAUUGUGAAAUUCAGCAAUGAUACACUGUGGAAAAAGGCACGUGUAUGCUAUUGUUGCGUGUAUUGUAAUUUUUGGAAGUAUUUUAAUCUGCUCCUGGAAAGGUCCUCAGCUACAAGAUAAUAUAAAAAGAAAAAUCUUCCCCCAGGGAAAAAAUGUCAUUCCAGUUGGUCAAUUCUGCAGGGGAAAAGCUGCAAAAAAUGUAAUAACACCAUUAAAAGAUAACAGAACUUUUAUUAUCUCCCCAUACUUUGAUGAUAGAGAAGGCAAAGUCACACGUGUGAUUGGGAUUGUUCACCAUGAAGAUGUCAAAGAACUAUACUGCUGGUUUUGUUGUCAGCCCCUUGGAAAGAUAUACGUAUCAAAGGCAGAAAUAGAUGUUCACUCGGACAGAUUUGGAUUCCCCUAUGGUGCUGCAGAUAUAGUUUGCUUGGAACCCGGAAACUGUGAUCCAACACACGUAUCAAUUCAUCAGUCUCCACAUGGAGAUAUUGACCAGCUAUCGAGGUUUGAAAUAAAAAACCGCAAAGCAGAGCCCUUCUCUGCUGACUUUACAGUAUGCAUCUCUGCCAUGUUUGGAAAUUACAACAAUGUCUUACAGUUUAUACAGAGUAUGGAAAUGUACAAGAUUCUUGGGGCACAGAAAGUGGUGAUCUACAAGAACAACUGCAGCCAGAUGAUGGAGAAAGUCCUGAAGUUUUAUUUGGAAGAAGGAACAGUAGAGGUAAUUCCGUGGCCAAUAAACUCAUAUCUCAAGGUUUCUCCUAAAUGGCACUUUUCUAUGGAUGCAAAAGACAUUGGCUACUAUGGACAAAUCACAGCUCUAAAUGACUGUAUAUACCGCAACAUGCAGAGGAGCAGGUUUGUGGUUCUUAAUGAUGCUGAUGAAAUAAUUCUUCCCCUUAAGCACCCAGACUGGAAAACAAUGAUGAGCAGUCUUCAGGAGCAAAAUCCAGGAACUGGUGUUUUUCUCUUUGAGAACCAUAUCUUUCCAGAAACAAUUACCACUCCCAUGUUCAACAUUUCAUCUUGGAACACUGUGCCAGGUAUUAACAUACUACAGCAUGUUCACAGAGAGCCUGACAGGAAAGAGGUUUUCAAUCCUAAGAAAAUGAUAGUUGAUCCAAGAAAGGUGAUUCAGACUUCAGUCCACUCUGUCCUACAUGCUUAUGGGAUGAGUGUGAAUGUUCCAAUGGAUGUUGCCCUUGUUUAUCACUGUCGCGUGCCCCUUCAAAGUAACCUUCCCAGAGAAUCUCUCAUCAGGGAUACGACAUUGUGGAUAUAUAACUCAUCAUUAAUCAUGAAUGUUAACAAAGUUCUCUAUCAAACAGUACUGUAAGCUCAAAAGUGAAACUUUGUCCACAAAGAUCAAAGGUGGGGAGUUGCCUUUGCCCCAGGGAGGCAUAGGAUGUCAUUCAAAGAUCACAUUAAAAUCUCUUCACAUGAGAAUUUCACCGUACAGAGAUUUGGGAGAAUAACCCCUUUAUGUACAGACCAAAUGUACAUGCAUUCUGUCUGUGAAUUGUAGGAAGGUAUCAGGAUCAUAGAAUCAUAGAGUGGCUUCAGCUGUAAGGGAUUCCAAGGGUCAAGUUCCAACCCUCCUGCCGCAGGCUGUGCUAACAACUUCUAUAUCUGGUAGUAGACCAGGUUGCCUGGAGCCCCAUCCAACCUGGUCUUGAACACUUCCAGGGACUGAGCAUUCAAAGCCUCUUUUGGCAGCCUGUUCCAGUACGUCACCACUCUUGGUAAAGAACUUACCCCUACAUCCAAUCUAUAACUUUCCUCUUUGAGCUUAAAAGCGUUCCCCCUUGUCCUAUCACUAUUUACCCAAGUAAAAACUUGAUCCCCCUCAUUUUUUAUAAUCCCCUUUUAAAUGCUGGAAGUCUGCAACAAUGUCUCCUUGCAGCCUUCUCCAGGCUGAACGAGCCCAGCUUUCUCAGUAUGUCUUCAUAUGGGAAGUGCUCCAUUUCUCCAGUCAUCUUCAUGACCCUCCUCUGGACCCUCUCCAACAGCUCCACAUCUUCCCUGUACUGGAGGCCUGUAUGGGAACUACUGAAUCAUGGCCUGAACCUCUGAUUGACCACCUGAGGCGAGCAAUGAGUCAUCCCCGGGAGCACAGGUGAAGGCAAUUCACCUGUGCUAUGGGAAGGGGAGCCUUGCUCCACCUCUUCUAGAUCCCAUUUAAAUGCUGACUAUCACUGGGGAAGGAUCUCUUUUGGAGAUUGUUUCUUUUGGAGUCUUCUCAGCAAGCCCAGGAUAAGGGUAAGCUUUCCAUCCAUUCUUCUUUAGCAUGGUCACCUGUUUAGCCUAACUUUUUUGUAUGUUUCUUAAUUAUAAUGUCAGUAUAUUGAUUGAUUAUACAGGGCCCCACCUGGUUGCAAUAUUCCAGAUGGAGCAUCAUGAGGGCAGAGUACAGAGGGACAGUCACCUCCCCAUCCCUGCCUGCCACCCCUCUUCUGAAGGAUCUCAGGAUACUAUUGGCCUUCUGUGCUGCAAGAGCACACCUCUGGUUCAUGAUCAGUUUUUCAUCCACCAGGAUCCCGAAGUCCUUCUCUGCAGGGCUACCCUCAGGGAGUUCUUCUCCCGGUCUGUAUACGUAUCUGGGACUACUCCAACCCAAGUGUGAAACUUUGCACUUUGCUACGUUGAACCUCAUUAAGUUCACACAGGCUCACCUUUGAAGUUUGUCGAGGUCCUGGAUGGUGUCCCUUCCAUCUGUGUCAACCACAGCACUUGGCUUGAUGCCCAAGGGAGCAAUUUUCAAAAUUGAAAAAAAAAUUAUAAUUGAUCCAAGAAGGGUGAUUGAAGGCUCCAUCCACUGUAUUCUAGAGAUGUUUGCAUGUGGCUGGGAAGAGCCCAAUGGUAUUGUUAUAUAACAUUGCGAAAAAGCUUACAAAUCAAAUUCAUAAUAUAGUUCUCAACAGGGAUGUAUCAUUUUGGUGAUGUAAUAUACAUCUUUGGCUGUGAAAGUGAAACUUACUUAGUAAGUUAAGAGUUUUAAGUGCAGCAAUGAAAUUUAGAGUUCUUGCAAGAGACAUUUAAUUCUGUGUUCUCCCUAACAUGCAAUCAUGAAGGUAAUCUGUCUACCAGAAGAAGAAAACUAAAAUGCAUGGAACUCAACAUUACAAGUUAGUGUUGCAGAUCCAGCAUGAAUGUAAGAAUACCAGCACAGUUUUACUACAGGAAUGAUUCAGCUAGCAACUGCUGUGUAAUUUACUGGUGCAAAUUACUAGACUUCAUCAUUAUGUAAUGAUCAAAUUUCCCUUCACUUAAAAUUUAUUAGUGUUUGUUUUGGCAGUUUGGGGUUUUUUUUUUUGUUUGUUGUUGUUGUUUUUUAUAUUUCUCUAUUUUACACAAGAUAAUUACAUAUCUGACUGUCUCUGGGGUGAAGUCCGCAGUUUCCUCCGACACAACUUGGCUCCACUGUGAUCUCUACAGUACUUCGUGUGCUAUUUGCUCGUCAUCUCUGUAUGCGGAUGAGUGAGCAUGUCCCCUUGCACGGCUGCUGGAUCGAUGUGAGCGGGCUCGUGCUUUGCACGAAGGGCUCUGCCGUACGGCAGUUGUCCCGUUCUGCUUCUGGAUCGGUUUUGGGCCGAGACAUGAGAGACGUCACUCCGCCUCGCGCUCCUGCCUAGGAUCUCCCCGACGGCGGCAUCGGGAACCUGCGCGGGCGGCUCAGCGAAGACGCUUCGCUUUGCGGCGUCCCAGAGGCGCGAGCGAGUUCCUCGCCGCGGCCCGGCUGGCUCUCGCGGGGGGCUACGCCAGGCCGCGCCGUCACGCUAUGACUCAGCCCCGGGCGAGGGGUGCGUGAGUACGGGAGAACGGCUCCACCCGGACCGGCGGGGGUGAGCGCGCAGGAGCGCGAGCAGCGCGGGUCCUUCUGGGCCCCGCAGGGCGGAGCACGUGGUUCCGCAGCCGCUCGCAGGGCGUCCCGCGGCCGUAGCGCUGCCCAAGGCACUCGAGUCCCAACUACGGCCGCCACCGCCUUCCCCAGCGGCAGGUGGCAGGAGCGGGCAGCCCCGACUUUCCUCCCUCUGCGGCAGCGGAGGCCGUGGCGGAGCCGGCACAGAGGUUCUCGGAGUAGCUGCUGCUGUUGGUGAUGCAGAGUUAGCUCGGGAGGGGCGCGAGGGCUCCCCUACUGCUCUCGUAUCCGCACGAGGCUCCGACGGCAGCAGCGCCGCUGCAGUGGGAAAGGCGAAGUCGCGGAGCGGUGAACGUGGGGCGCGGAGAAGGGUGCGCUGCUGCCGAGACGUUCGUCAGUUGGUUCUGCCGCGCGGUAAGUAAGGGCUUCUGUCUUUAGGUUCCUGUACGGGAUUCUAUAAUGUGCACCACUUGGAAAAGGGACUCGUUCACCAGGAGCAAGGCUAUUGUUUUCGUUAAAGAAACAGCAAAUAAGAAAGAUGAUAGUCCUGUUUUGGGGAUACUGUUGCUAACAUCUGAACGGUAUGUUUUAAAUAUUUGAUAAUCAUAAAAGACAAAUUUUUAAUAUAUAUAUCUCUGUUCGGAGAAACUCCAAAUGUGGGAGUGUAAUUUUACAUUUAGAGAAUGCAUAACUUAUUGAGAGAACAGUUUCAGUGUGUUGUGGUUAACCCUGAUAGGCAGAAAAGCCCCCCGCAGAUGCACUGUUACCACAUCUCCACCCUCCCCCGGCAGAGGAUGCAGAAGUAAAGUGGAAAAGUAAAAAUGAGAAAACAUGGGCUUAGCCAUGUUAAAGGCAGUGUUACGGAUAAAGCAAAACUUCCUGAAUAACCAACAAGGAAUUCAUUUGCUACUUCCCAUCAUAAAGCUACUGUUUAGCCAUUUGCAGGAAAGCAGGGCUUCAUCAUGAGUAACAGUUACUUGGGAAAACAAACGCUAUAACUGUGUUCUCCCCUCUGGUCUGCUUUGGGGCAGCCAUCCCAGCUGUCUUUACUCCACAUUUCUUGUACACCUCCAACUGACUGCUCACAGAUGCCCAAGGUGAGAACCAGGAAAGGCCUCAGCUCUGUGUCAGCGCUGUUCAUGAGUAACUAAAACAUUUUGUUACCAACACUGUUCCAGUCACAAAUCUUAUUUGCUACGAUGAAGAAAAUUAAAUCUCUCCCAGCCAAUACUGAUACAGAUUAUAAGUUGAAGUGACAAUAUUAAGUGUUGUUGUGAAACUUUUGCUGGUCUGUUUCUGUCCAAGAUUGCAAAGCCUAUUUGUUUACAAAAUGAGAAACUGGUGUUUUUUUGUUUUACAGCAGAGUGUUUAUGUGUGUUCCAAGAAAGGUGUGGCUAGGGAAAGGUCAUGUUGCAAACUAAGUAGAUGAUAUUGGCUUCUUUGUAUUUAGAAAAGAAAUAACUGGUUUAAUUGUUAUAGAACAAUAUUUUACCAGCAAUUAAACACCAGUAAUUAAAUAAUUUAAACCUUCAAAAAUUAUGCUUCUGCCUUUGAUUCAUGUAAAAGAGGGAGAACACUGGCAUUUCAAAGAGAAGAAUUUAAACUAUCAUGAAAAUCUUGUUCAA